AUGACUGGCCAUGUUUCAAAAUCUAGCCAGGUACCUAAAGGCCGCCCGUCCUCGUUGGCGAAGAAGGCAGCUAAAAGGGCUAUGGCCAAAGUGAAUUCGAAUCCAAAAAGAGCGUCGGCGCAUUUGGAGCGUGUGGUGCAAUCUGUGAACGAUGCCACUAAAAGAUUGUCCCAGCCCGAAUCUACAGUAAGUGUUGCUACAAAAUCAUCAAAGAGAAAAUCCAGAGACACGGUAGGUCCUUGGAAACUUGGCAAAACAUUAGGGAAGGGAUCUUCCGGUAGAGUUCGUUUGGCUAAAAAUAUGGAAACAGGGCAAUUAGCUGCCAUUAAGAUUGUGCCCAAGAGGAAAGCCCUCGUUCAUUGUUCUAAUAACGGGACCGUUCCUAAUUCUUACUCUUCUUCCAUGGUGACUUCCAAUGUAUCCUCUCCCUCAAUAGCAUCCAGGGAACAUAGUAAUCGUUCUCAGACUAAUCCAUAUGGUAUAGAGAGAGAGAUAGUGAUUAUGAAAUUAAUUUCUCACACAAACGUAAUGGCGUUGUUUGAAGUUUGGGAGAACAAAUCAGAGUUGUACUUAGUGUUAGAAUAUGUCGAUGGUGGUGAAUUGUUCGAUUAUUUGGUCUCGAAGGGGAAGCUACCUGAAAGAGAGGCUAUCCAUUAUUUCAAGCAGAUAGUGGAGGGUGUUUCUUAUUGUCAUUCUUUCAACAUAUGCCAUCGUGACCUGAAGCCUGAAAAUUUAUUGUUAGAUAAAAAGAAUAGGAGAAUCAAAAUUGCUGAUUUCGGUAUGGCAGCUUUAGAGCUUCCUAACAAACUUUUGAAAACUUCAUGUGGUUCUCCACACUAUGCUUCUCCUGAAAUCGUUAUGGGAAGACCAUAUCAUGGUGGUCCGAGCGAUGUCUGGUCCUGCGGUAUCGUUCUAUUUGCACUACUGACCGGUCAUUUACCGUUCAAUGAUGAUAAUAUCAAGAAGUUGCUGUUGAAAGUUCAGUCUGGAAAAUAUCAAAUGCCCUCGAAUUUAUCUCCUGAGGCUCGUGAUUUGAUAUCAAAAAUACUGGUAAUUGACCCAAAAAAAAGAAUUACUACCCAAGAGAUAUUGAAACACCCUCUGAUCAAGAAAUAUGAUGAUCUCCCGGUUAAUAAAAUGCUCAGAAAAAUGAGGAAGGAUAACAUGGCGAGAGGUAAAUCCAACUCAGACUUACAUUUGUUAAAUAAUGUCUCGCCCUCUGUUGUAACUUUACAUUCAAAAAGCGAAAUUGAUGAAUCGAUUUUAAGGAGUUUGCAGAUUUUGUGGCAUGGAGUUUCUCGUGAACUAAUCACUGCUAAGUUGCUUCAAAAGCCAAUGUCGGAAGAAAAACUAUUCUACUCAUUGUUAUUGCAGUAUAAACAGCGUCACUCAAUAUCAUUGUCCUCGUUAAGCGAGAAUAAAAAAUCGGUAAAGGAAAGUAUCAUAAAUGAACCAAAAACAGAGUAUACAUCCGAAAUUUCCAAUAUCAUAAACGUAAGGAGCGACAAUGAUGUGAAAACUUUACACUCUCCAGAAAUUCAUUCCGGACGUGCUUCAGAAUUAAGUCGAAACAACACCAUUACAAGCAUUAAUCCAAAAGUUAACGCCCCUGUGUUGACACAAAAAUCACAGUUUAGUAUCAAUACGCUCAGUCAACCAAGAAAUAAUAAGCCCGAAGCUGAAUCUGUAACAUUACCACCUGCUAUUCCCAUAUUCAAUGCUUCGUCAUCAAGGGUUUUCCGUAACUCAUAUUCUUCUAUUUCAUCACGUUCGAAAAGAUCCCUACGUUUAUCAAAUUCCAGAUUAUCAUUGUCCGCUUCGACUUCUAGAGAAACUGUGCAUAAUAACGAGAUGCCUCCGCCUCAACUGCCGAAAUCGCCUUCAAGGUAUUCGUUGUCAGGAAAGGCAAUCCACGUCUCUCCAUCUAAUAAAUCAAUACAUAAAUCGCUUUCAAGGAUGAACAUAGCCCCAACUGCUACUGUUAGAAGAACGUUACAAAAUUCAGCUUCGAAGAGAUCGUUAUACUCAUUACAGUCAAUUUCAAAACGUUCCCUAAACUUGAAUGAUUUAUUAGUCUUCGACGAUCCUCUCCCCAGUAAGAUACCGGGGUCUGAAAAUCUGGAUAAAUCAGAACCUCACUCGUUGGAAUCAGACUCUGACUUUGAGAUAUUAUGUGACCAAAUCUUAUUUGGAAACGCUUUAGAUAAAAUUCUAGAAGAGGAAGAGGACAACGAAAGAGACAGUGAUACGCCAAGACAGAGGCGUAACGAUAUAAAAACCGCGACAGAUACCGUUACAAUCUCUGGGUCAUCUAUGGAUAAGGAAAAUGAAGGCCCGGAGUAUCCAACCAAGACUGAAAAAAAAUCAUUCAAUAUGUCGUAUAAACCAUCAGAGGAGAUGUCAGGAAUCUCUUCAUUUUCUAUCUUCCAGGAAGAAAAUACUUUGACUUCGAGUUAUUUGGAAGAACAAAAGCCAAAAAGGGCGGCCCUUUCUGAUAUCACAAAUUCGUUUAAUAAAACUAAUAAACAGUUUUUCAAAAAUCAAGGCAUGAGGAUGGAAAAGAAGAUCCACAAAGAACAGCCCCUCAAAAAAAAUGACCGCUCGCCACCACUUAGACCUGCUCAGCCCCAAGAACUUCGUGUACAUUCUUUGCCUAAUGAUCAAGGCAAAGCAUCCCUAUCUCUAGAUCCUCGCCGUAACGUCUCCCAGCCGGUUAAUUCAAAAGUAGAAUCGCUAUUGCAGGGAUUGAAGCUUAAAAAAGAAUCACCCUCUCACUGGACCCAUGAGAGGGGUUCCUUGUUUAUGAGUGGAGAUGCAGAAGAUGAAAAACCUGUCAAAACCUCGGAUGAUUCGAUUGAAAGUUCAUACGGACAUUUCACAACAGUAGCGACAUCUUCAAGAGAUCCCAGUGUUUUAGCAGAAUCCAGUACGAUUCAAAAACCACUGUUGUCUUUACCUUCUAGCUUUUUGAACACAUCUAUGACAUUCAAAAAUCUUAGCCAAAUACUCGCUGAUGAUGGUGAUGAUAGGCAUCUAAGUGUACCGCAUAAUCAAUCUAGAAGUGUAGCCAUGUCACACCCUUUGCGAAAACAAUCUGCAAAAAUAUCUUUAACCCCACGGUCUAAUUUGAACGCUAAUUUAUCCGUUAAACGUAACCAGGGCUCACCUGGCUCCUAUUUGAGCAAUGAUCUGGAUGGAAUCUCGGAUAUGACGUUUGCGAUGGAGAUACCAACAAACACUUUUACUGCUCAGGCAAUUCAACUAAUGAACAAUGACAUGGGCAAUAAUAAGCCUAGCGCAUCACCCAAAGUUUCUUCUUUUUCAAAGGGCAAAGGAAUCAAACAGGCAGACUACGUUACGAAGGAAAAAGGCGUGGAUAAUAGCGAAACUAAUCAUAUUCCAGAUUAUACUGUACCAAACACAUAUGAUGAAAAAGCCAUUAACAUUUUUGAAGAUGCGCCCUCCGAUGAGGGGUCAUUAAACACAUCUUCGGAGAGCGAUUCACAAGCAAGCGUGCAUAGAAAAGCAGUGUCCAUUGAUACUUUGGCGACUACAAAUGUUCUUACUCCUGCAACAAAUGUUAGAGUAAGUCUUUAUUGGAAUAAUAAUAAUUCCGGUAUUCCCAGAGAAACUACUGAAGAAAUACUUUCGAAACUCAGAUUGUCACCAGAAAAACCUCCAAAUCCAUAUGUGCAAAAGAGGUUUUCUUCCGCACGUGGUAGUCGUGAUAGCAAUGCACUAGGUAUUUCCCAAAGUUUGCAGUCAAUGUUCAAAGAUUUGGAGGAAGAUCAAGAUGAACAUACUUCCCAAGCUGAUAUGCUUGAAUCAAGCAUGAUCUAUCCAAAUCGAAGACAAUCUGAGGAAAGCGCUAAUCCAAAACAAAGAGUGACAAUGCUUUUUGAUGAAGAGGAAGAAGAAUCUAAAAAAGUAGGAGGGGGAAAAAGAAAAGAAGAGCAAACAAGGUUGGGUAGUAGUAUAGCCGAGGAGCCUUCCCAACUUGUGUUACCGGUGGUUCAAAAAAAGGAUAAUGCAGAUAUUACAGAAAAUAUCAAUCUUAAAGUACCAAAAGCCUUGUCGCAGAUUAAAGCCACGAAGGAUAUCGCUAUGAAAUCAGGCCCACCCGCGCAUACAAAAACCCCGGUAAAUACUGUGAAAAGUGCAAAAAAAUUUGAAGUUGAAGAAGCGCCUGCCAAUGAUAAAAAGAAUUGGUUUGUUAAACUAUUCCAAAAUUUUUCUUCUCAUAAUAAUGCUACUAAAGCAUCUAAGAAUCAUGUAACGAAUAUAUCAUUCGAUGACGCGCAUAUGCUAACAUUAAAUGAAUUCAACAAGAAUAGCAUUGACUAUCAAUUAAAGAACCUGGAUCAUAAGUUUGGGAGGAAGGUGGUGGAAUACGAUUGCAAAUUUGUAAAAGGUAACUUCAAAUUCAAAAUUAAGAUUAGCAGCUCACCUAAUGCGUCGACGGUAAUCACUGUGAAAAAAAGAAGCAAACACUCAAACCCUACUUCCAGCAAAGCCUUUGAAAAGUUUAAUAAUGAUGUAGAGAGAGUAAUUCUUAAUGCCGGACGUUCAUAA